GUUGGAUGUUUCCGGCUCCUAGGGACGCCGUUCCAUUCAAGAAUGUAAGCGAAUUGAUAUCGGACCCAUUUGUUAGGAAGAAGUCUGGCAUAAAGCAGUCCCGUCGACAGUUUCGGUGUACUGAUCUGGGCAACAUUUACUACCUCGAUCUGUGUCUGUCGUUAGUCGUGUAUGUGAGUCAGAGAGGACUGGCUCCAUGUAGUACGAAGAUCUUCUGUCGUGUUGAGUGUGAGCUCUAUUACUUAUCUACUUAUCUGUCUCAGUGGUCUCUCGGCUGUGUGAGAACCUAA